AUGUCACUACUACAUCAUGAUGACAGCGAGGCUCGGCUCUUUUUAGAACAUUCCACCACGAAUCUACAGACACUAAUGCAUCUAUUGAAAGCAAACACUGGUUCGGGAUUUUGGGGAUUGGCGUACACUGUGAUGAAUGCCGGGAUUUUGCUUGGACCAAUAGCGUUGGUCAUCAUUGGAAUUAUAUGCACACAUAGUAUGAAGAUAUUGGCUGACAGCAGUCACGCCCUCUGUAGGCGAAAUGGGAAAAUGUUUCUUGACUACGGCGAUGUUACGCAUGAGGCCAUGCGGUUGUCAUCUGUAAAAUGGUUUAAUUCCUAUGGCAGUGUAGGCAGGGCAGUAGUGAAUACGUUCCUUCUUUUCAUUCAACUUGGGUUCUGCAGUGCAUAUUUCAUAUUUAUAGCUUCCAACGUUCAGCAGGUGUACCACAAUUUCCAUAAAAACAACACUCCUGCGAUACAAGUAUUCAUGGUCAUACUUGCCGUCUUUAUUAUUUUAUAUUGCUAUAUCAGAAAUCUAGAUGAUUUAGCAAUUUUUUCAACUGUUGCCAACAUUAUAGUAGUAGUGGGAGUGAUUAUCAUAUAUCAGUACCUUAUCCAUGGAAUUGCUGAGAAAAGAACAGAUGUGAGUUCCUUACCACUUGCAAGAAAUAUUUCGAAUUUGCCAUUAUUUUGGGGACCAGCAAUAUAUGCAUUUGAAAGCAUUGGAACGGUACUUCCAAUCGAAAAUAAAAUGAAACAUCCACAUGAUUUCACGAAAGUUCUCUACACUAGUAUGUCUAUUGUGACGACUGUAUUUGUAACUUUUGGGACCCUUGGAUAUCUGUGCUUUGGUUCGGGCGUCUCGGAUACAAUUACACUGAAUCUUCCAGAGGAUCAGGGACUCUAUAUCUCUUUGAAGAUAUUAUUCUCCAUGGUGAUGUUUGUCAGUUAUGGCUUACAAUUCUAUGUAAUAAUACAGAUAACAUGGCCAUGUGUGCAAGAGUAUGUACCCGAGAAUUAUCGAGUAUUCGGCGAAUAUGUAUUCCGGACAACACUUGUUCUAAUGACAUUGGUAUUUGCAGCAAGUAUUCCACACCUGGGUCUGUUCAUCUCAUUGGUUGGAUCAUUUGCAGGCAGUGUCCUAACUCUGAUUUUCCCGCCAAUCAUUGAAGAACUUACAUUUUACAAUGGUUACGGAGAAACAACGUCAAGAUUGAGACUUACAAAAAAUGUUUUAAUAGUGGUUUUUGGAAUAUUGGGAUUUAUAUUUGGUACUUUUGCGUCAAUUGUGAAAAUAUUUUCUGCAUUCAAAUCUGUACCAGAUAUGUUAUCUGUACCAGUUGCUGGUAGUGGGUAUCCAAUGGAUCUGCUGAUCAUUCUUUCCUGGUUCAUGAAUCUACAGACACUAAUGCAUCUAUUGAAAGCAAACACUGGUCCGGGAUUUCUGGGAAUGGCAUACACUGUGAUGAAUGCUGGAAUUUUGCUUGGACCAAUAGCGUUAGUCAUCAUUGGAAUUAUAUGCACACAUAGUAUGAAGAUAUUGGCUGACAGCAGUCACGCCCUCUGUAGGCGAAAUGGUAAAAUGUUUCUUGACUACGGCGAUGUUACGCAUGAGGCGAUGCGGUUGUCAUCUGCAAAAUGGUUUAAUUCUUAUGGCAGUGUAGGCAGGGCAGUAGUGAAUACGUUCCUUGUGUUUAUUCAACUUGGGUUCUGCAGUGCAUAUUUCAUAUUUAUAGCUUCCAACGUUCAGCAGGCGUACCACAAUUUCCAUAAAAACAACACUCCUGCGAUACAAGUAUUCAUGGUCAUAUUUGCCGUCUUUAUUAUUUUAUAUUGCUAUAUCAGAAAUCUGGAUAAUUUAGCAAUUUGUUCAACUUUUGCUAACAUUAUAGUAGUAGUUGGAGUGAUUAUCAUAUAUCAGUACCUUAUCCAUGGAAUUGCUGAGAAAAGAACAGAUGUGAGUUCCUUACCACUUGCAAGAAAUAUUUCGAAUUUGCCAUUAUUUUGGGGACCAGCAAUAUAUGCAUUUGAAAGCAUUGGAAUAGUACUUCCAGUCGAAAAUAAAAUGAAACAUCCACAUGAUUUCAAGAAAGUUCUCUACACUAGUAUGUCUAUUGUGACGACUGCGUUUGUUACUUUUGGGACCCUUGGAUACCUGUGCUUUGGUCCAGGCGUCUUGGAUACAAUUACACUGAAUCUACCAGAAGAUCAGGGGUAG